AUGCAUUCCAAGCUGCAAUCUUGGUUGGACCGUGAGUGGCACUAUCAAAGGCGCAUUCACCAUGACAGUCUCAGCAGAGUUCCUCGCGCGCGUGUACGCAGGAGAGGAGAUCUUCACCAAUGCCCUGGCACUUUCGCCAAUGAAUCCUACACGUCUCGGCUACCGGGACUUGUCCGCGACUGCGUGGCCAGCAACCGUGAACGGUUCUCCGAGGAGCAGUGCGAACGCCUGCUGCAACUGGCCGACGACAUGGUGAAUGACGCCGUGGUCCCAUUGCCCUCUCAAUAUCCCGAACAAGCUGCCAAGUCUCCUACGAGCGCUCAAUGGGAGAACCUACUCAAGAAUAAGAGCUACACGUGGCAGAACUCGCCGUGGUUCUUGAGCGAACAGUAUAUGUUGCAUCUGGUACUGCUGCUGGCCGAGUACUACACGACGGGCAUCGACCCGUUCCAUCCUUCUAAAGUGGCGGAACUGAAAGAGGUGACACCUUGGGCGUUGCUUCAGACAGCUGUGGGUUUAUCGGCUCAGGAGGAGGCGAGUUCUCAGAGCCGUCACGACCAGCUGAAGCGGUUCAUGAAGUUGUGUUUGUGGGGCAACAAAGCAGACGGAUGCUACAAGGAAGUGAAGGACACUCUCAGCGAAGCGGGCGCUUCUCUUGUGUUCGACGAUGAGCUGCUGCUUGUAGAUCACAGCGACAAAGUGAUUGAUUUCUUGGGGCAGAAGGCACGUGAGGCAGACGCAAAGUCUCUGAGUGUGCAAUACAUUAACGACAACAGCGGUACUGAGCUUUUGUUGGAUUUGGCCCUGGCAGAUCACUUACUGGCCCAUGGAUGGUGCGGUAAAGUGACGCUCAACGUGAAGGUUGAACCGAUGUACGUCUUGGACGCGACACCUGCGGAUGUGCAUGAGCAUAUAGAGGAGAUGCAGCGCGAUACCUGCUUGCCGGAAGUUCAGGCUCUGGUCAAGCGUCUGGCAGGGUACGUCCAACGGGAUCAGCUAGAGAUCCGGCCUGACAUCUUCUGGAACCGCUACACCUACUACUGGGAGAUGCCCAUUGAGCUACAGACUCGUCUUGCUAAGGAGGCGACGCUGGUGAUCAUCAAAGGCGACCUAAACUACCGUCGUCUGCUAGGAGACCGUCUGUGGCCGCCGUCGACACCCGUGGAGGAGGCCGUACCGUACUUCCCGACGGCUUUUGUUUUGUUUAGAACGAUGAAGUCGAACCCUGUUGUGGGUAUUCCUGCUGACAUUGUGGAGAAGCUGGAAAAGGAAGAUCUUAAGUGGCGAUACAAUGGCAAGCGCGGCACGAUCCAGAGCGUCCUGGCUCCAAGCAACCCAGUCAGGUUUCCCCCCGCACGCUGUGCAUGA